GUUCGCCGCACACACGCAUUUCGCCCGUAACCUGAUCACCACAGCAGCACAAGCACUACAGCACUACAGCACCGCACUACCACCACUACCAUCGCCGCCGCCAACCACUCACUACACCACUACCACCCACGACGUCAAUUCCCCAAUCCGGCUUGUGGAGAGCCCAACGACAUCCCGUACCUGCAUGUCGCCGUUGGAGAUUCCCUUUUUCGCUCCGCAUCCGGACGAAUUGCCCUUGAGGCAACGACGUCAACGCCGUCUGAACCGUCUGCACCAUCAAAGCCACCGCUGCGGCCCAUCUGCACCUCGGCACCUCGUUGACCAAAGCCAACCACCGUCCAGGAUAAACCGCCAGCUCACCGUCCACAGUGUCGCAACAACCACCAACUUCUUUCGCCCAUGUGUUACGAUGAGAUGAAGCCUGCGCUGCAGGUUAUUGUCUUGGGCUCUGGUGGUGGACCUCAAGAGUCAAAUACCACUGCCUUUCUCGUUCGCUCCGUUGAACAGGAUUGGCGCAGAGGCUCCGUGAUCGCUGUCGAUGCCGGUGUCCACCUCUCCUCCAUCACUCGACUCAUCGAGGCCGCCAUGCCAUCAGAAACCCCUGAACCGCCAUUCACUCUCGCCACAGGCCCCUUCGCCGGCCUCCCUCUCCCCUUUACCACCGCUUCGGCCAACGCCGCCCACAUCACCCGCAGUCUCGUGGAUACGUACCUCAUCACCCAUCCUCACCUCGAUCACAUCUCCGGUUUCGUCGUCAACACCGCUGGCCUCCCCGGAACCCGUCCCAAAAAGGUCGCCGCCCUUCCUAGUACCAUUCAGGCCCUCAAGACACACAUCUUCAACAACGUCAUCUGGCCAAAUUUGAGUGACGAGAACAACGGUGCCGGGUUGCUGACAUACCUGAGGUUGGUGGAAGGCGGAAGCCCUGCGCUGGGCGAAGGUGAAGGAAGAGGAUACUCUGAAAUCUGCGAUGGCCUUCUCAUCAAAGUUUGGAGCGUGAGUCAUGGACACUGCAUUGAAAGGCACAGCCAUCGAGGCUCGGCUUCAAGUGCAUCAACUCGCUUCGGCAGCCAUGAUGGAUCCAGCCAAACCCCAAGACGCGAUGUAUACAACUUCCCGACGCAACCACCUCUAAGGACGUCAAGUCUGCUUAGUCAAGCUGCAUUUGGCCCAGGGUCUCCUCAGGCCGAGCAGGAAAAGAUAUGUGUCUACGACUCGAGUGCAUAUUUCAUCCAGGAGCAAGGCAAUCACCGCGAGGUGCUAAUAUUUGGCGACGUUGAGCCAGACAGUGUCUCUCUAAGUCCCAGGAAUCUGCAGAUCUGGCAAGAAGCUGCCCCCAAGAUUGCUGCCGGCAACCUCCGUGCCAUUUUCAUCGAGUGCAGCUACGAUGACUCUCAAUGCAACGACCGACUCUUUGGCCACCUCAAGCCCGUUUUUGUCAUUGAGGAGCUGCGGACCUUAGCUUCCGAAGUUGAGGGUGCCCGCAAACUGCGCGCCAUGAAGAAACGGAAGCGCAUGGGCAGCCUUGCCGAUGAGGCCCCUCGCCGGGUUCCCUCCAAUCCAAGCCUGGCCCCGGAGGACCCCGUCUCUCCAAAGACUAUCAAGUCCUCCAUGCUGGGUGAAGGAGCGCUCAUUGUCGGACCGGACACGCCACACCUAUCGACCCCAACCGCCGAGCUCUCAUUGAGAGAAGCCGAGCGUUUCAGCCCCACCAUCGGGCCACAGAGACAGUUGGAGGGCCUCAAGGUAAUCAUUAUCCACGUCAAGGACAAACUAUCAGACGGGCCUCCAGUAGGAGAAACGAUCCUGCAAGAGUUGCUAGACCACGAGAAGGAUGCGCAGCUGGGCUGUGAGUUCAUCGUCUCCAAGCCGGGACAGAGUUUCUACCUAUGAUUUACUCACCCAGAUCGAGCUUGAUUGGGAUGAGUACAGAGCUGGCAUGCUUUGACCUCGACAAACCCUACCAACCUUGACGACUUGUUCCAUCAAGGCCCCAAGGGACAUAAAAAAGCCCAUCGGCAACCGUUUCAGCCAAGCUUGGA